AUGGGCUGCACCGUCCGAGAGAAACACAUCCGAACAAAUCGGAGGACCCGAUCGGUAAAACCCGAACCCGAUCAUUCCGCCUCCGCUAACACCAACGGCAAUGUCGAUAAAUCAUCCAGCGGCAAAACCUGUCUGAAACCUAAAGGUUACCAGAUGGGCCUCCAAGCCCUGUCCCAGAGCCCGAUGACGGGCCCGAGCUCCACAUUCGAAGAUAACGGGUGGGGUUACUGCACCGAAGAGCAGCUGGAGGAAAUUUUGCUUAAGAAUUUGGAGUAUCUCUAUAACGAUGCCAUUAACAAGCUGGUGGCAUUGGGCUACGAUGAGGAGGUGGCAUUGAGGGCGAUUUUGAGGAAUGGGCACUGUUAUGGUGGGAUGGACGUCCUCACAAACAUCUUGCACAACUCCUUGGCCUAUCUCAACAGUGGCAGCACCACUGGAGCCGACGAUGAGCCCGAGCCCUCGUUUGCUGACCUAAGGCAGCUGGAGGAAUACUCACUUGCCAGCAUGGUUUGUUUAUUGCAGCAGGUGAAGCCCCACCUGAGUAAAGGGGACGCCAUGUGGUGCUUGCUGAUGAGCGACCUCCAUGUUGGCCGCGCUAGCGUGAUGGAAAUUCCGGUAUUGCCCUCCCCCGGUGGAAGCACAGGCGGUGGUGAGGGAGCACCAACAGGUGGCGGCGGGCCCCAUGAGGUAGUUGUUGGCAGUGGGGGCCCAGUUGGGGUGGCCCCUGCCUUGUGCAGGUUUCAUGGCGGCUGGGGGUUUGGAAAUGGCGGCACAUCCGAGUAUCCUGCAAAUGGGAUGAGCGGAUUCUUAUCGUAUGCAUCCGAAAUGGCCCUUCAGAGGGAGAUUGAGUGCCCGAAGAGGUUCAACCUCAGCCCAUCCAUGAAGAGUCUGCUCAAGAGGAACGUGGCCAUGUUUGCUGCGGGUUUCCGAGCAAAUGCGAAGCAGUUUCACGGCCAGUCACAGGCCUGCAUGAGCUCCUUGUCCGGCGGGAGCUCAUCCGGGCCCCUGCCAGCUGGCGAGGAGUCCCAGCACUCGAAAAAUCAGGAAGUGGUGAACUCUGUCAUGAGCAAAUUCCGGGACCUGAACCUAGACGAGGCCACAGAGCACGUGGCCCUGGACCAGAAAGACGAAAUGAUCCUGAGCCUGGUCCACCAGAUCAAGGACCUGGAGAAGCAGGUGAAAGAGCGCAAGGAGUGGGCCCACCAGAAGGCCAUGCAGGCCGCCCGGAAGCUGAGCCACGACUUGACUGAGCUAAAGAUGCUGAGGAUGGAGAGGGAGGAGACUCAGCGGCUGAAGAAGGGGAAGCAGACGCUGGAGGAAACUACCAUGAAGAGGCUGGGUGACAUGGAAGGUGCCCUCAGGAUGGCCAGUGGUCAGGUGGACCGUGCGAAUGCUGCUGUUAGGAAGCUUGAGACGGAGAAUGCGGAGAUUAGGGCGGAGAUGGAGGCGUCGAAAUUGAGCGCAUCCGAGUCGGUCACGACGUGUUUGGAGGUGGCCAAGAGGGAGAAGAAAUGUCUCAAGAAGCUGCUGGCAUGGGAAAAGCAGAAAGCCAAGGUGCAGGAGGAGAUUGCAGCCGAGAAGCGGAGGAUCACGGAGCUAGAGCGUGAGCUGGCUCAGGUGGAGGAAGACACCAAGGAAGCUGAGGUAAUGUUGUUGUUGCCGGAGAAAGUUGUAUUGGUUUCGGAUAUAAUGCUACUUUUGGUGAAUUGUGGUGAUGUGGCUGUGGUGGGAAUACUUGUGGCAUGUUCUGGACAAAUAUGGAGCAGUAUUUGUGAACAAAUCUGGGGCAAGUUGCACACAUGCACAAUUGUGCCCGUCGUACAUUCUACUGAAAUUGCAUAUUUGCUCUCUUUUCUUGGAAUAAUAGCCGGUUUAUCAGAGGGCUCACAGGGUUGGGGAUACCACUUUAGGGUUAAGGCCAAGUGGAGACAGGAGCAAAAGGCCAGAGAACUAGCACUCGCGCAAGUAGAAGAAGAAAAGCGCCUCAAAGAAGUCUCGGAAGCCAACAACAAGAGGAAACUGGAGGCUCUCCGCCUCAAAAUCGAGAUCGACUUCCAAAGACACAAAGACGACCUCCAACGUCUCGAACAAGAGUACGCCCGUCUCAAGGAAUCUGCUCAAUCUGAGGUCGAGAAUCAAUCGAUCAACAACUCUUGGACAGAGAAUGUGAAACCCGCGAAAGGUGGUGAAACCAUAGCUAGGCUUCUGCACGAGCUUGACCAGACCCAAGAAGAAAAGUCGUCCAGCUGUGAUCGUGAUUGCAUGAUCUGCAUGAAAGAUGAGGUCUCGGUUGUUUUCCUUCCUUGUGCUCAUCAGGUCAUAUGUGCCAGCUGUAACGAAGGCUAUGGCAAGAGAGGGAACAAAGCUGCUUGUCCAUAUUGCAGGGUCCCGAUUGAACAGCGGAUUAGGGUUUAUGGAGCUAGCUCGUGAUCUGGAAAGAAGUGCGCUUUCCUUCUUGCCCUGAUUUUGUGUAUAAAUAAAUAUUUUACCGGCGAACCACCUGCUUGUUGCUCUACAUAAUAUUUACUUUUUAUUGCCCCACAUAUACUUUAAUUUAAGGAUGUUUUUGUUUAUGGGGGGCUAUAUAAACUGUUAUGAGCUUUGGAAUAAGCAGAAUAUAGAUACAUGUUUUGCGACUUUGUACGCGGGUGUUGACUGUUUAUGGCUUUAUGCGCUAUUUGGGAGUUGAAUAUCAGUUUUGAUUAUUUGUUUUUUUGUUGAUGAUAUCAUGUGACCAUAGUUCUCAGGACUUGGAAAUGUUUUUCUGUAUUUGAAGCGAUGUUGCUGCUG